GGCGCAAGAUACAUCGACCGCGUGCGUCCAGUUUUGACUGUUGAAAAUAACGACAAUCUGUUAACGUUAAACGGUCAAACCCCUCCGGUGCAACAGAUAUACAUGUCGGUUGUAUUUUAUUAACAGACACGUAAACGGCAUCUAAGACAUCAGGAUCGCUGCGUUUUAAAGAGAUCAACAUAUCAGAAGUCCUGCACUGGAAGAUGAUCAGCCAAGCUCUCAGUCUGUAAGCAUCUGCAGAGAUGAGCUGGGCCGGAGACGACUGGACCGUGGGACUGACGGGUCACGUCCUGCAGAAGGUUAAGCAGCUUCAGGCUCAGAAUGAGAAGCUGAACAAGGAAAGACAACAGAGGCAACUACAGCUGGACAACUCUGAAGCGGCUCUGCACAAACAGAAGCAGAAGUAUGAGGAGGUGCGUGUGGAGCUGGCUGCGGUUCAGAGGGAGCUGGGAGGAGUGCGUGAGGCAGCGCAGGUCGAGGUGCGGAGCAGAGAGCGUCUGACUCACGACCUGCAGGUCAAAUCGGGUCAAGUGAACUCGCUGGAGGGACAACUCGAAUCUGCCAAAAAGCUGACACAAAACCUCACACAGGAGAUCAAACGGCUUGAGGCGGAGCUGGAAAAGCUGCAGAAGGGAAAUGGCUCUGGGGAAUCAUUGUUGUUUUCCACACCUUGUUGGAACCUGAGCUCUCCCUGGGACAACAACGGUGGUUUCAGAGCAGAGAGUGAAAGCAAAACACAGCAUGUCAGACAGCAGCUGCAGUUUGGAGACGUCCCCAAGCCCUCAGCGGGUGGGGCUUCCUCCCCCUUUCCACAGCAACCGCAUAAAUCCCCACCCCUUCGGCGCAAUGUCCGCCAAUCAGAAACGUCCACCCCCUCCUCUGUGUUUCCAUGGGAACGUGGUGAUUUGUGGUCCACUCCCAAAGGACGACCAGCUUCCUUGGUUUCAUCCAGUGACAUCAUUAUCAAGAACAAUGACUCUGGGAUGGAGGAGUCCUUGAGGAAUGAGAUAGAUGAGCUGCGUGUGCGUGUAUCAGAUCUACAGCGGGAGGCACAGCUGGAGUCCGAUCGCUUGAAAGACGUGGAGUCUCGCCUGGCUCAGGCUAACAGAGAGAUCAGCACCAAAGAACAGAGUCUGACACGCACCCAAGACCAGCUGACCCGCGCACAGACCCGCAUCACACAGGAGACCGACCGGGUCCAGGCCGCUGAGCAGAAAGUCAAGCAACUUCAGGAGGAACUGAAGUGCCAAAGGCAGAAUGCUGAAACCACCCGCUGCAAUGCAGAACAGCGCAGGAAAGACAUGGAGAGAGAACAUCAGAGGGAGCUCGUGGAGUUGCAGAGAGAGAGACAGACUCUGGAGAGACAACAUCAGCAGGAGAGCAACAGACUCAACCAGGAGAUCCAGCAGGCCAGAACACUUCACAACACACUGCAGGCUCAGCAUGACAAGGUGUGUUUGCAGAAGCAGAGUUUGGAGAGAGAUCUAGAGGAUGUGAGAGGAAAACUGAAGAACACAGAGACUGACCUGAGAGAUAGUCAGAAGAGAGAGACGCAGACUGAGGCCAAACUCUCGGAGGCGCUGAGGGAGAACGAGAGUCUCACUGUGUCUCUGGGGCAGAUGAAGAAACAGGAGAAAGCUCUACAGGAGGAAGUGAAGCGGUUGACCGAAGAGCUUGCUGAGGCCCUCAAGCUUAUUAAAGAACUGCAGGCUCAGCUGGCCGUUCCUCCGCCAACUGUGGCCGCUCCUCACUUCAGCUCUGCAGGAGACUGCUUCUCUCCCUCUGUUUCCCUCCAUCAUGAUCUGUCUCCUCCUUACAACCACUCUCAGAGAAAGAGGACCCCUAAAAUAGGACGAACAAGAGAAGAGGAUCUAAUUAAGUACCCUUCCGGCAGAGAGCCAGGAGAGGGCAUCGACUCUGAGCACAUCAGAAAAUUUGAGUCUGAGGAAUCACAGAAAUUUAAAGGAAAAGGAGGUCAAACACAUCCAAGUGGCUCUCUAAAGCUGAGUGAAACGGAUGUAGACACCUCAGUGACUGAACACGACACGGGUAUUGAAGAUGUGGACACAGAAUCAUUUACAUCUGACUCAACCAGUGGUAUGAUGCCUAAAAGCGAAUCGGACAUCUCUUGCAGCCUACAGGUAGAUAUAUCAUAUGGCACAACAGAUAAGACAGAAAAACGUGGCUCGAUGCCUCUAAAAGAUCUGAAGAAGGAGAAUGCAGAGCUUCGUGAAGAACUUAGAGAUCUGAAAUACGAGCUUCAGAAGCGACUCGAAGACCUCGAAACCCAGAGGAAAGCGGAAACGGAGGCCAGGACCAAACUGAAACAGCUGAGCCGCAAACACUCGACCCAGACAGAGCAGCAACGCGCCAAAGCUCUUGAGCUCAAAGACAGUGUGGCGAAACUGGAAACCCAGCUGGAACAAGAGAAGAAGGAGAGCUUGAAACUGAGAGAAACACUUGAUGUGCUAGAAAGAGAAGCUGAGGUGAGGCUGGAAGAGAAGGAAAGAGACCAGGAAGAAGGAACCCAGCUGAAGAAUGUCUUGGCUGAGAUGAAGCAAAAGGAGACUGCCAUGGAGGAAGAAAUAAUGCGAAUGAAGAAGGACCUGCAGGACCUUCACCUCAAGCUUGCACAGGAACGGGAGGAAAGAGAGAGGGAGAGAGAAGAGGAAAGGAAGCAGAUCAGAAGAGAGGAAGUAGAAGCACUAAAGAUUGCACAGCUUCAAGAAGAUCUGGACAGUCUUCAGAUGUCUAGGAGUUUAGAAGAGAAGAUAUCAAAAGAAAAUCUUCCCGUCACAUAUUUACAACUAGAACACCACCCAAAUGCCGAUAAGAAUGCUGCUGUUAUAGAAAACAGAGACUUGGUUCCUUCUCCUGGUUCCAUCUGUGAUUCUGUGAACCUUCACAAUGCAGAAGUCUGCAAAGAAACCAGAACAAUUAUGGAUCUUGGAGCACAAACUAAACCAGCAGAGGACAAGACCUCAGCUGCAGAGACAGGCAGGACUCGAGCAUUGAGCACAGAUGCUUCAGAUUUGGACAGCACUACCAUUUUAGUUUUGGAGGUGGAGCGCUUGAGGGCAGCACGAGACAGAGAGUCUGAGAAGGCGAAACUAACUCAAGGAAAGCUGGAGGACCUACAGAAGCAAGUGAUCGCUCAGACUAAGCAACUUACCCAAGCUUUUGAAAGUCAGAGCAAGCACAUUGAGAACCUGCUGGAAGAGUUGCAUGAUAAAGAAUGCGCCCUCCAGAAGCAGGGUGAGGAACUGCAGAAAUGUCUAGAGAAAAUCACUUUUCUUGAAGAAAAACGCACUAGGACGGACAUCGCCCCCAAUGACAUCUCUACGCCUCCUGAACUGUCUACAGAGAUCUCAAGAGAACUAAGCUGCGAUUCUGUCUUUAGCAACACAAGUAUAAGUGACCAUGAAAUGUUUAGUGAGGAUACGCUCCCGAUUUUGAAGGAGAAGGUCUCUCAGCCUACUGCACAGCUGCCUGUUAGUCAAAACAUUGAUCAAACCAACACUAGUGAGAUAUCUUAUAAGCUACAAGUGACUGAAGCUUCCAAGCCACAUGAAUUAUGUCUCGCUUCAGAUGUACGUUGUGAAAAUGCUCCAAAUUCUAGUGCAAAUUCAGAAGCACCAGGACUUUCUGAGGUAAUUGAAGAAAACGCAAUGCCAAAUGAACAGUUAGAUGUUCUGAACUUCCAACAUCACAUUCCAGAACCUUCAACAGAUGAUAUCAAGGAGCUAGAACAAGUAACAAAGGAAUUACAAGACGCUCAACUUGAGCUGAAUGUGUUAAAGGCUCAGAAUUCGGAGCUUGCUCUACAGGGAGAUGUGAUAAAGGAAGAGCUUUUGACUGUUAAACAAGAGAAUGAAGAGUUGAAAUUGAAACUGAAGCACUUGGGCGAAGACACUUCUGCUAAACAAGAUGCCUUACUUUUAGUGAACACUGAAAACAAAGAGCUGUCAAGUACAAACAAAGAAUCACAAAACGGCUCCUCAUUAGGUCAGGAGGAGUUGGUUGAUGUUCAUGAAAACUCUAAAGCAGAGGUUCAGUCUCUUCAGGAGCAGAUCCAGACAUUACAAAACCAAAUCCAGCACCUCUCUGAGCAGAACAGGACACAAGCUGAAGAACUAGAUCUCUGGAAGCUCUCGACCAUGGAAGAAACAGUAGGCAACAACUCUCCCUCCGUCGUGCUUAAAGAGUUCGAGCUCUUCCUCCCCUGCGGUCCCAGAAAGCUGCACAUGCAGUCCCAAACGACAAGAACCAUGAUGCCUGUCGGACACGUGAUGUAUCGGUCUGGAUUAGAUGGCACAAAUGACCAGACCAACUUGGGAGAGCAUGUGUCACCUGAAAGCCAAAUGACACAUGAUGUGAGCGAAUCUCAAGGACCUUCUGAGAACCUUUUGACUGGAAAUGAGGUGAUGACUGAAGGACAUGCUCAGCAUGAAUGCGAGAGCAGCUCUGUUAACCACAGCGACAGAAGUCCUCCUGUCUGUGUCUCAGAUAUAAUGACUAGUAACACUGAAGACAAGCUGUCACCUCUACUGACCAAACCAGCAGAUUACAGUCAUUCAGAGUCUCAGCCGGUUGCCUCAUUGUCUCUUGAGGAUCAGAUCAAAGUGGCAGAUGCUAGUGCAAACAGCCAGGAAGAUGCCUUAAUCAGUGUUUCCAUCUCAACCAAAUAUCAGACAGAGGUAAUCAACUCAAAUCCAAUCACAAAGUCCUAUGGGACUGCAGACUCCCAGAAUUCUGAUGUGUUAUGCACUGAGCAUAAUGAGAUUGACAUUAUGCAAACUGUUGCUUUGGAAAACCAUGGGCUUUGUCAUGAAGACAGAACAAAUAAACAGAGUGAACAUCAUGCUACUGUGGAAAAAACACUCAAGAAUGAACCUGCUCAGGGUCAAAGAGCAGAGGUGAAGAGUGUGUCCACUCAGACAGAGGAGAGCCGAGAGCCGGAUUUGAGGGACAAACAUUCCUCCAUCCAUGCCUGCACCCAGACAGAUGGAGAACAGCUGGAAACGGAGCAAGAUGAAGGCGAUAAAGAGCCUGCAGACUCGCCGCCCCUCUCUCCGGCCCCGCAGACUGUUACAAACCAACUGUUCUUACCCAGCAUGUUUCCCAUGAGCAACCCAGCUCACCUGGCUGAACGCAUCCGGCAAAACCGCAGUCGCAUGUCUGCCGCUUACGACGAGACCGAAUACGAACCGUACGGCCUGCCCGAGGUCGUCAUGAAAGGAUUUGCUGACAUCCCCAGCGGACCUGCUUGUCCGUACGUCCUGCGCAGGGGGCUUCUGGGAACCGAUGCAGUGCCCCUCCCACGCAGAGAAGCCACGCCCCAAGAGGAAGAUGAUGACAUAGAGCCAUAGUACUUGUACACACCUGAUACCUCCUGUAGGUUUCCAUGCUGAAGGAAUUUCACUGCCUCUUUAAUCAUAAUGUAAGCGUCAAUGGUGUCAUCUGCUCGACACGACACUCGAGAGGAUCUGAGUGCUGCCCUGUCAUGUGAUGUAGAAUUUGAAAUUUUUCUCAUCAGCUGAAAGGCGAUGCCUUAUUGUGCAUAUUGAUGUCAUAUAGUUUUGUUUGAGCAGUGGAGCCGUUUACAAAGCUUUGAAAUGCCAAUGUAAUAUAUUUUUGUUUGCGUAAAAGUGGUGAUAGCCCCUCUUUUAGAAACUUGAAUUCUGUGAAUAGCCUUAUUUAUUGACACACUUUUUGAAGACUUGCCUUUGUGCACUACUGUGAGAGAGAGUGUGUGUGUGUGUGUGUGUGUGUGUGUGUGUGUGUGUGUGUGUGUGUGUGUGUGUGUGUGUGUGUGUGUGGUAUGACUCAGAUCAACCUGAGACUGUUUCCGUUCCUUGUAUGGUGAUUCACUGUCAGACUGUUUCUUUCUCUCUCUGUCAUCUAACAGCUUUAUAACGCACAGUGGAGUAUUUAUAUCAUUGUCCGUUUGUAAUGAAGCAUUUGAGGAAUGGAUACGUUUUUGAUUAGAUUAAUGUUUAUCUGAUUCACUGUCAUGUGUAUAUUUUGUGUGUAAGUUUGCUGUAAUGUGUUUCUUCUAUCAAAUGGUUUAUAGGAUUUUCAGUUUGGAAUAUUUACAUUUAUUAAACGUAAAUGAAAUCCAAA